AUGGCCGAAGAGAAGCAUCGCAUGUUGUUCCAAGACCAGGAUCCCGGCCAGGAUCUGCAGAUAGAGCGACCCAUGUCCUUGUCGCCAUCGGAACCGCCGACCUACUAUGAUGCAAUGCAAACGUUUACGAUUCAGAAUAAUUUGGAUUAUUCCAACGAUCGGCGAAGAACCCUUUUUGCAGAACCCCAACAUCUAAGGUCCAGGGUGGAGGAAAUGCCGAUGCCGAUGCCGAUGUCCCAAACGAAAGACGAGGUGAGCGUACAAUCGGAAGGAUUAGCGGACAACAAUAGCAUCGAUCAUCGUGCAAUGCCACCAGUGAGAAGUAAGUGCGAUGAUUUCUUUAUCCUAAGCCCGCAACCCAAACUGGGUAGCCAGGCGAUGGACAUCGUGUGCCCAGCUUGUGGUCAACGGGGAGUCACCCGUUUGAAGAGGUCACCUAAUGCUCGGACUAACCUUUGGGCCCUCUGCUUGUGCACUUUUGGUUGGUGCUGCUGCGCUUGCCUGUUUCCGUAUCUAUGGAAUGGCUGCCGGACAACGAAUCAUUACUGCUCCGCCUGCGAGAUCUUUCUGGGCGCACAUUAUCCGAGGAGCUGCUGCUGCUGCUGCUGCCGGCGGCGGUAGUCCGGAAAUAUCCUGCAGGAUCGCAGCCGGAAUCCGGCCGCUAAUUGUGAAAGUUUUCCGUGUGUGCGAAUAAAGCUGAGUGGGGCGGCACGCGCUUCUGACCGCAAGGACUUGGCGCUUAUUCGCUUGUAAUGAGUAACGCAGUGCCGGGCGCGACCGGAAAUUGUGCGCCGUCAAAUCGAAUUGCCUACCUAAGCCCAUCGUCCUUCGUCCUCAAUCCGCAAUCCACAAUCCACAAUCCUUUCAACAUCGGACACCAUACACCGAUUACCAUUGCCAUGCUCUGUACUGAACUGCCCUGUCGCCCAAAUGAUGCAUAACUGGCCUAAACAAAUUGCCUCAUCAUCACUCCGUUUCGCACAUCCUGCCAACGAGUGCUGGUUGUUGUGGAUGCUGUUCGUUAUUUGAUACCCUGCAAAAAAAAGAAGAGAGUAUUCAAUUUAGAUACAAUUACUUAAAUAUAACAAUAAAAUUAUAAAUAUGUCU